GAGAUCCUUAGUCCCGCCCAGUUACUCUAGCCCGGCGGUCGCAACAGUAGCUUCUGGGUUUAGGUGUUUCUGCGCUGGGAGAGCGGUCGAUUUCCAGGCUGGCUCCAGCAAUGGCCUUCGCAAAUUUACGGAAAGUGCUCAUCAGUGAUAGCCUGGACCCUUGCUGCCGGAAGAUCCUGCAAGAUGGAGGGCUGCAGGUGGUGGAGAAGCAGAACAUGAGCCAAGAGGAGCUGAUCGCCGAGCUGCAGGACUGCGAGGGCCUCAUUGUCCGCUCGGCCACCAAGGUGACCGCUGAUGUCAUCAACGCAGCAGAGAAGCUCCAGGUGGUGGGUCGGGCCGGCACGGGCGUGGACAAUGUGGAUCUGGAGGCCGCCACAAGGAAGGGCAUCCUGGUCAUGAACACGCCUAAUGGGAACAGUCUCAGUGCCGCGGAGCUCACCUGUGGGAUGAUCCUGUGUCUUGCCAGGCAGAUUCCCCAGGCGACGGCUUCCAUGAAGAAUGGCAAAUGGGAGCGGAAGAAGUUCAUGGGAACUGAGUUGAAUGGAAAGACCCUGGGAAUCCUUGGCCUGGGCAGAAUUGGGAGAGAGGUGGCCACCCGGAUGCAGUCCUUUGGGAUGAAGACUGUAGGGUAUGACCCCAUCAUUUCGCCAGAGGUCUCGGCCUCCUUCGGCGUUCAGCAGCUGCCUCUGGAGGAGAUCUGGCCUCUCUGUGACUUCAUCACUGUGCACACCCCUCUCCUGCCCUCCACGACAGGCCUGCUGAAUGACGGCACCUUCGCCCAGUGCAAGAAGGGGGUACGCGUGGUGAACUGUGCCCGCGGAGGGAUCGUGGACGAGGGCGCCCUGCUCCGGGCCCUGCAGUCUGGCCAUUGCGCAGGGGCCGCGCUGGACGUGUUCACGGAUGAGCCACCACGGGACCGAGCCUUGGUGGACCACGAGAACGUCAUCAGCUGCCCCCACCUGGGCGCCAGCACCAGGGAGGCCCAAAGCCGCUGCGGGGAGGAAAUCGCCGUCCAGUUUGUGGACAUGGUGAAGGGGAAAUCUCUGAUGGGGGUGGUGAACGCCCAGGCCCUCACCAGCGCCUUCUCUCCGCACACCAAGCCUUGGAUUGGCCUGGCAGAGGCUCUGGGGACACUGAUGCGAGCCUGGGCUGGGUCCCCCAAAGGGACCAUCCAGGUGGUAACACAGGGAACGUCCCUGAAGAAUGCUGGAAACUGCCUAAGCCCUGCAGUCAUUGUCGGCCUUCUGAAAGACGCUUCCCAUCAGGCAGACGUGAACUUGGUGAAUGCCAAGCUGCUGGUGAAGGAGGCUGGCCUCAAUGUAAUCACCUCCCACAACCCUGCUGUGCCGGGAGAGCAAGGCUGCGGGGAGUGCCUCCUGACCGUGGCCCUGGCAGGUGCCCCCUACCAGGCUGUAGGUUUGGUCCAGGGCACCACACCCGUGCUGCAGGCACUCAACGGUGCUGUCUUCAGACCAGAAGUGCCUCUCCGCAGGGGUCUGCCCCUGCUCCUGUUCCGGGCUCAGCCCUCCAGUCCUGCCCUGCUGCCUACGGUGGUUGGGCUCCUGGCAGAGGCAGGUGUGCAGCUGGUGUCCUACCAGACCUCAGUGGUGUCAGAGGGGGAGACCUGGCAUGUCAUGGGCAUCUCCUCCCCGCUGCCAAGCCUGGACACCUGGAAGCAACACGUGACCGAGGCCUUCCAGUUUCACUUCUAACCUUGGGACCCACCAGGCCCAGCCUUGGGGGCUUCUCGACCACCAGUGGGAGAGCACAUGCCUGGGGCUGACGCUGCCUGUGUGGUCUGACCCUUGUAGCACAGCAAUAACUACCUAAUAAAGAGCCCACCCUGUC